AUGGUAGGAUGUGGAAGAUUUCCGAAUUCAUUUCCUGGGAGCUAUGAAGUACUUGAUGAUGAGGAAGAUGAGCUCGACGAGCUAGUUAUUGUGAUUAUGGUUUCCAGGUGGAUCGAGCAAAGAGAUAGGGAAGAAAUAGGACGGAUGCCUUGUCAUAAUUCAUCCCUUAGUGGCCGAUAA